CAUCAUUCCACAAAGCAGUUGCAUAUAUCUAAAGUAUUGUCACUUUACUUAACACUUGAGCUGCAUAGAAUGUCUACAGUCAAUAUGGCAGCACUGCUGUUGCUUGGGCUGCUGCUGGUUAUGCCACAGCAGUCCAUGCAAGCGAGUUUGAUAGACCCCAUUGCUGAAAUCGAGAAAAGCAACUGCAGAAUCGCACACCUUCGCUUGGGGCUUGUUUUUACCUCUGAUGUCAACGAAAGGGCUCUGCAAGACUCUGGACUCUAUAGCCCUGACAGUGAAGACUCUUCUGUUGACAUUGCGGGCAGAAGGUUCCAUAGCGGGACACUAAACGGUUCUUCUAUUGUAUAUGUCAAGACGGGGAGUCAUUCAGUAAAUAUGGCAACAACUUUGCAAAUCCUUUUAGCUAGAUUCAGCAUUCACGGAGUCAUCUAUUUUGGGAAUGCUGGAAGCUUGGAUAAGAAAACAAUGGUUCCAGGUGAUGUUUCUGUGCCGCAGGCUGUUGCCUUCACAGGAGUUUGGAACUGGAAGAAAUUCGGAUCGGAGAAAGGUAAACUGGUAUUUGGAGAUUUCAAUUAUCCAGAGAAUGGAGAGAACUUGUUGGGGACUGUAGAGUAUGAGAAAAUUAACAUGUUCUCUCCAAGUGAAGCACCCAAGGAAGUUUUCUGGCUUCCCAUCACCAAAUCCUGGUAUAAUGCUGCCACUGAAGCGCUCAAGGAUAUGAAGUUAAGAAAAUGCUAUUCUGAUAAAUGCCUGCCCGGAAAACCCAAAGUUGUCUUUGGAUCUAAGAGUUCUACUUCUGAUUUUUACGUUCGAAAUAAGGCAUACGGAGACUUCCUUAACGAUAAUUUUGAUGCAAAAACUGCCGAUACAGCAAGUGCUUCUGUAGCUUUGACAUCUCUGUCAAAUGAAAAGCUCUUCGUGGUGUUCCAAGGUGUUUCAAAUGUAGCUGGUGAAACAAGUUCAAACUCAGGAGUUAGCUAUUUAGCCUCCUACAACGCCUUCCUUGCUGCCACCAAGUUCAUUAAUUCAAUUCCUACGCCACGACUUGCUUGUGAGUGAUGAGAUGAUGAAUGUCCUCGAUCGUGAGUCUUUUGAGUUGUAUGAUAAAGAAGGAUGCCCUACUGUACUAGAAUAAAUUAUAUGUCAUAAAUGGCCUCCUAAUUUAAAUAAACUGGGGUGUAUAUCAUCCACAUGUACGUACGUACGUUCCUUUUUUGAUGAAAUAUAUGGGCGUGCGCUUAUGCUUGCA